AUGAACCGCGGGCCAAACUGGGUCAAUCGUAGGCGCCAUUGGCUGUCCUGGUGUCCUGAUGACCUGGGACCCGAACCAUCUGCCCCGCGCCUUCCGACACACUACGAGCCUAGCGAGCCUAGCGAGGUCUCCUGGACCCGCCCUGGAGAUCAGCCGCAGGUAUUUUUGCUCAGUGGAAUGUGCCUUGACAGAUUAAUUAUAUGUUAUCAGGCAGUUGAAGAUCAGCUAAAGAUAUGUGGCCACAAGAGGGAUGCUGAUGUCUUCGAGCUGUUCCUUUCUCAAAAGGAACUGACAGAUGUCAUUGAUCUUUCUAGGUUUAAAAAUUUAAAAUAUUUAUGGCUAUAUCAUAACAAGCUACAUGGAAUAACAUUUCUAACUAGAAACUAUUGUCUGACAGAACUGUAUCUAAACAACAAUGCAAUAAUUGACAUAGAAGGCCUGCACUAUUUGCCUUCGUUGCAUAUACUCCUACUGCACCACAAUGAGUUAACAAACAUUGACGCGACAGUGAAGGAGUUAAAGGGAAUGUUAAAUCUGAAGACCCUAAGUCUAUACCAAAACCCUUUUUGCCAAUAUAAUCUGUAUCGUUUGUAUAUAAUCUACCAUCUUCCAGGAGUGGAGUUGCUUGACCGAAACCAAGUUACAGAAAAAGAAAGAAGAUCAAUGAUUACAAUUUUUAACCACAAAAAGGCUCAUGUUGUUCAAUCAAUAGCAUUCAGAGGAAAAGUAGAUGCCUCAUGGAAUCCUAGAUCACCAUUUAAGCAAAAACCAGCCCAGAGAGUACCUUCAGAUUUUGCAUUUGCGAAUAAUGUAGACAAAACUGUGUUUGAUGACCCAGAAGAUGCUGUAUUUGUAAGGUCCAUGAAGAGAUCAGUGAUGGCUCUUACCUCUCUGAACUGGGACACAGUUCCGACACGAGAGGAAAGAUACCUUGAAGAGAAAGGCACAGAACCUGCUCAAAUGCUCACAGUUACACUGAGAUAACCCCUGGUAUUUCUAGGAAUCCUAGUGGUUUUCAGUUGUAUAUUAAACUUUUCUGUGGUUUAGCAUAUUGUAUAUUUAUUAUUAUAUUAUUUGAAAUAUUUAAAUAUUAAAAAAACACCAAUAAUGAAAAAUAACUCCUACAUUUUUUUAAUCCUCACCCAAGGACAUUUUUUUAAUUGAUUUUAGAGAGGAAGA